GAAGGGUGAAAGAGUGAUUUAGUUGUGUGAAGGCUCUGAUAACAGUCAGGCAGAGGCUGUGGUUUAGAGUAGCGAGGGACGACGUUAGCAGAGAAUAAUGAAUAAGAUAGCAUCUGCACACAACCGGCUGGUUCUAACGAAAUGUCCGCCAGCGGUUGAUUCAGUCACAGAAUAUGAACAUAACUGUAACAGCCUCCACUCAAGAAUAGGUCGGAUACUGGUUGAUGUACCCUGCAAAGUGUGCCAAGACCAUUCCUCGGGUAAACACUAUGGAAUAUACGCUUGUGACGGUUAUUGCCGCUCCAUACGUAGAAACAGACAAUACAUAUGUAAAUCCCGUGGCCAAGGUAAUUGCCCAGUGGAUAAAACACACAGGAACCAAUGUCGAGCAUGUCGACUGAAGAAAUGUCUCGAAGCUGGAAUGAAUAAAGAUGCCGUCCAACACGAACGUGGACCUCGCAACUCGACGAUUCGCCGCCAGGUGGCAAUGUAUUUGAAGGAAACCAGUGAGUUAGCCUCGUCUUUACCAUCCAACCCAUUCCGAAAUCAGUUUUUACCAGCGUUAGUACCAUUCGAACACAUGAACGACGGAAUCACUGUGAGCACCGUGGAAUCACCUCAAGUUACCAACGGGAUUAUUUGUCAGCCAACACCUAAGCUUCUUAUUUUCUCGACAGUCAAGAAUUUCUCCGCCUUUGCAGCCAAACAGUCAUGGUUAAACGGCGACCAUUCGCCACCAGAGAAAGUUGUGAACAUCAUGAGUGAAAUCAGAAUACUUCAGGAAAUCAUCACCAAAUUCAAGGCCCUCAUGGUUGACCCAACUGAAUACGCAUGUCUGAAGGGUAUUGUAAUUUUCAAAACAGUUUUUCCAAAUGCUGGUAGCGAGAUGAAAAGCUUACGUGAUUUCCAUACGAUUGCCGGAUUACAAGAUCAAGCUCAGGUUACGUUAAGCAAAUACAUACAGGGAAGCUAUCCCAGUCAACCGUUUCGCUUCGGCAAACUGCUGCUCUUACUUCCGACAUUGCGCAGUAUUUCUGGUAAUACAAUAGAAGAACUUUUCUUCAGGAAAACCAUCGGAAACAUUCCAAUAGAGAGACUUCUUGUAGACAUGUACAAAUCUUCCGAUUUCUAAUUGCGAUUCAAUCAGUCAGUCAAUCAAUCAUUCAAUCACUCAAUCGAUCAAUCAGUCAACCAAUCAAUCAAUUUGAUCAGAUCAGAUCAGUUUUCUUUACAAACAUUUAUACCAUUCCGCUACAUUUGUUUAUUUUUCCAUUUGGCUCUCUGGUACCCGAUUUUCGUCUCAAUGUCCGUCGUCCCUCCAGCUCCCGUGUUUUCCCCUCUCUUCUUUUGGGAGCGACCACGAAUAAGGGUUUGGUAACUGAUAAAAGUGGAUUGGUUAGGGUGGUUUGGUGUGGGUGGAUUGGCGAGGGUGCGUAGACGAGGGUGAGAUGGUGACGGUAGAUUCAUGAGGGUCACAUUUGUUGAGAGGUACGGAUAUAAUCACAUGCGAAACUAUAAAAAAAACUGCAGGUCCUAACAACUGACGAAAAUCAAUACUGUUGGAGAUAUUUCAUUUCAUUGAAGUAUGUAGAUAAUGUUCAUCCAUACAUACAUAAACACGCACGCACACAGAAAACAGACAGACAAACACACACACAGAUUUAUCUAUAUUUA